AGAUAUUAUGGCUUUAUGGUCCACUAAUUAUAAUGACUCCAAAAUUGGUCAUCUUUUAUCAUCAGCUAGUGGGGUGAUGUUUAGUUGUUGUGAAGAUUUUUUGUUACAAGAAUUAGCCUAUGGAGUUAAGGGUAUGGCUGGACUUGGAAAUGGUUACACUGGGCUUCCUUCACAAUUAGCUAGAGCUUUUCGAUUACCUCGAAAAUUCGCUAUUUGUUUGAGUGCUAAUACUAAAUCAAAUGGUGUUAUUUUGUUUGGUGAAGGACGAUCUGUUUAUGCCUCUAAUGAUGCACUAACUUACACUCCUCUGCUUAAAAAUCCUGUUAGUACUGCAGGGGCUUAUUAUCCAGGUGAACCAUCGGUUGAAUAUUUCAUUGGAGUGAAGAAAAUCUUAGUCAACGGAAAAAUUGUACCAAUUAAUAGUAAGUUACUAGCUAUUAACAAGACUAAUGGAGUUGGAGGAACAAAGAUUAUCACUGUUGUUCCUUACGGUACAAUGGAGACAUCGAUUUACAAGGCGUUUAAGCAAGAGUUUCUUAAAGCUAUUGAUAAAGUUCCAAUAGCAGAACCUAUUAGGCCAUUUGAGUUGUGCUUUAACUUGUUGAAUUUGGGUACUCUAACUGGCUUAAUAAUUCCUCAAGUCAGUCUUGUUUUGCAAGAUGAUCAAAAUAAUACCACUUGGGAUCUUUCUGUGGACAAUUUUAUGGCUUCUCCUGUUGAUAGAAGUGACUUGUUGUGUCUAGGAUUUUUGGAUGGUGGUAAAUUUCCUCGAACAUCUAUUGUUCUUGGAGGAUUACAAAUUGAAGAGAACCUGUUGAAAUUUGAUCUUGUGAAGAAAAGAGUGGGAUUUAAGUCUUUGCACCUAUCAUCCCUACUCAAAUGCAGCAACAAAUUCAAUUUUACAUCCAAGGCUUGAGAGGUGUCACCUCCUUAGCUAAAUUUGAUGUUACAUGAUAUAAAUAUCAGUUAAGACUUUAAGAGUUCUGAAAGUA